CACGUGUGUACACACUGUCGGGCUCAGCGGCACUCCAGCAGUAGUAAAGUCUGCAGCGGACAGCCCCCUUUUCACAACGAGCCUCGUCGCAAAGUUUAGAGAUGAAGUCAGUUGUUACCGAGACGCAGUAAAAGCAACUCUUUCUCGCUGGUUUUUUAGCCGUUUGAGAGCGCGAGGAGAGCGCGAGGACAGCCCCCCGGGGCGGGAGUUUUAUAGGAUGCGUGUUUGUGAAAUGAAACGACCGAGAAACGCCAGUGGAAAUGCGAACGUUACGUCCAGACCCGAUGCCACCGUAGGUUUGUCCGAGAGCCAACUCCAAACGAUUCUGGUGAGUUUUCCUCUCUUUUAAUUUAUUUUUAUUUUUUUAAUCUUCUGGACUCAAUAAUGAGUCGGAGUGUUGCCUUUGAGGUCCACCUUGCAGUGGGAGAAACGUGUGUUCACAGCCCCUGCAGACGCGAGUAAACCGCAUCCGAGCCAACGGGGCUGGUCGACUAACUAUAUAAUGGAGACGCCGUGACAGCUACGCACGCGCUGGCCCGCGCAGUCAAGUGUGAUGGAGAGACAACUAAGUCCGCGACGACUGCACUCGGCCCACUGAGGGACUCGGCCGGCGUCGGAGCCCCGCCAUGUGGCUCUGCCUGGUCUACAACGAGACGGACACCAGCGUGGACUUCCGUCUCUGCCAGGACUUCGGCCUCAUCCUGUCGGUCUUCUCCCUCGUCUACCUCGCGGUGUGCUUCCCGCUGGGCCUGUGCUACAACGUGCUGCUGGUGGCGGUCAACCUCUCCAACAAGGUGUCGAUGACCAUGCCGGACGUGUACUUCGUCAACAUGGCCGUGGCGGGCCUCGUGCUCAACGUGGUGGCGCCCGCCGAGCUGCUGAGCUCCACCUUCACCCGCUGGCACGCGUGGGAGCACGGCAACGGGGCGUACGUCACGCUGCUCAUCCUCUUCAACGUGUCGUCGCUGGUCGUCAUGUACUCCGCCACGCUGCUCAGCCUGGACUACUACAUCGAGCGGGCGCUGCCGCGCACCUACAUGUCCAGCGUGUACAACACCAAGCACGUGUGCGGCUUCAUCUGGGGCGGCGCGGUGCUCACCAGCUUCUCGUCGCUGCUCUUCUACGUGUGCAACCACAUCUCCGCCAAGAUGGUGGAGUGCUCCAAGAUGCAGAACAAGGAGGCGGCGGACGCCAUCAUGAUGUUCAUCGGCUACGUGGUCCCCGCCGUCGCCGUCCUCUACGCCUUCGCGCUCAUCCUGCGCAUCCGGAAGGAGUCCACGCCGCUGGACCAGGACGCGGCGCGCCUGGACCCGUCCGUCCACCGGCUGCUGCUCGCCUCGGUCUGCGUGCAGUUCGUCCUGUGGACGCCGUACUACGCCACGCUGCUGGUGCACACGGUGGCGGGCGCGCCGGGCCACGUCGGUGACGCCCGCCACCUGCCCAUGUACUACUUCCUGCGCUGCGUGUCCAAGCUGCUGGCGUUCUCCAGCAGCGUCGCCAUGCCGCUCAUGUACCGGCAGAUGAACGAGAACUUCUCCGACAAGCUGCGGCGGCUGCUCCGGCGGCUGCACUGCGGCGACCGGUCCUGCUCUCACGAACGCUCCGCGGCGCAGCAAGUGGUCACGUGAGGUCCCGCCCACACUUUGAGUUACCGAUGCCCCCAACACCCCCCCCCCCCCUUUCCAGCCUCUUGGCGUAGCCGGCACUUAUCUCCCCACGACGGAGCCCAGGAUGUGACUGCGCUCCCUGUGGAAUGUUCCUCUCGCUUUCCUCGAAGUGGAUCUGAUCUCUCCGAGUUCUCCACACGGAGAGGACCGACGAAGCAAAAGAACCACUAAGUGCCGUUGUUGUUUUUUUUGUCACAGAGUAAAAACUACUUCCCACCACGACACUCGAGCGUCCGGUAGUUUGCGGGCGGCAGUUCGGAGCAAUCGGCUGAUAACGACCCGGCGCUUCACGCGGGACACUCGUGGACUAUCUUGUUAGCGGGGCGACUCUCUCUCUCGUGUGUGUGUGUUUCCAGAGAGAACGUUUAAUAGACGACGCUCUCGGGAAAACCAGCCGCCUGUGAACUUUUAAUCGUUGGGUGAAGUUAUGUCGUUUAAGAAUGAUGGAUGGUGGCCAGCAGGUCAGUGACCGCCACCGCGGAGGGUCUCAUCGCACGCGUCAACAUUCGGUAUUCACGCUGCCAAGAAAACAUCCGCGUUUGCUAGCCCCCCCCCCCCCAUGAGCUCUGUUGAGCCCCCCCCCCCCCCCCCCACCGUGGCAUGUGCAUUCCCUGAGUUGUUUGAGUGGUUGGAAGCUUUUCGUGCCGUGGAAAUCCGAGACCUGGCUGUCGCUAUCAAAACCGUCGUAUAUUAUAAACGACCGGGCCGCGCGGAACGCCGCCCAGAUCCACCGAGCCAAUCUGCUCUUUUUCUCGCCUGCCACUUUAACCCCCCCCCCCCCCCCCCAUUACGAAAUGAAAACCACAUGGGAAAUUGCUUUUGCUCGUUGCAUCCCCGCGUUUGUUUAUUUGUAUAUUUUUUGUUGCUUUCUGAAUUAGAGGGCACGUUUUUUCAAUCAUCCUGUGAAUAGAAACGCCAGCGGGGGGGAUGGGGGGGCUUUCGUCACACUGUUUAGUUUCACGCACGCACACAACAAGGAAUGAAGGGCACUUGUGUUGGUGGACAUUUUUUUAAAUUCACGCUUUUAACUUAACAACAAGGCAAACAAAUUCUCGCGCUAUAAAAACGUGCUCGGCUUUCUUUCGCCGUUUAUUGCUUAAGGGAUUCGCCAGACGUGUACCCACCGAGAUGCGACGCUUCUCGCACUUCCGUGAAGUCGUUACGAUGAUGACAUAAUAUCCCGAUGCGCUGUUAUUUCCUUAAAACAUCGCCCGGUGACGUCUGAAACGGUGUUUUCAACGUCGACAUUUCCGCUGCUUAGCCCCGCCCCCCGUGUGUGUAUCUGCCUUCAAUCAGUUAGAAGUACUGUUUGUUUUCGACUCUGUGUUUACAUUAUGAGCUGCCACCCUUAUUUUUUUUUUAGGAAAGAACCCCCUCAAAAAGGAACGUGUCCACACCGCGACGCCGUGAAUCAUUACCUGAAGCCGGUUCAAAGUCCCGGCGCUCGCGGCGCUGUUCAUUUUAUUUAACGUUUAGAGCGAUUGCAGUUACCAAAAACACUUGUAUUUAAUCAACGAUGACACUUGAUUUACUGCGAGUAUAAUUGAGAGUUUUGCAGAUUUCUCAUUCUGCGACUUUGUUUUUUGAUGCAGUCAAUCUGGAAAGAACUGAUAUUUAAUGUACUGUUCUUUCAUGUUGUGAAGAGGCCUCUGACUAGAUGGCGCUCAACACAACUUCAAGCUUCUUUUAAUGUGAUCAUUUACAUAAAGCCACAGCCAAUCUCCCCAUGUUGCUGCAGCGCCACCUGUAGGCUAAAUGCCGUCGCCACGGGGCUCGGUGUCGACGUGCACGUCAUCUAAACGUGGUUGCGAUUACACAAGAAGGCCUCACUUUUAGCACUAAAAUGAAAUUUGAUUUCCUUUUCCCCUUCAAUUCAAUUGUUUUCUGAAUAUCCUGCCAAGAAGACGGGACUUGUUUCUUGGCAGAGAGAAUAAUAAUUAUCAAUCAGAUGGAACUGACCGCACGGGGGGGAAACGACAAAUAAAGAUGCAUUGAAUUGGAGCUCGAAGGCUCGCCGGCCUCGAGUUUGGUUUAUUAUUUCAGAAAGAAAAACAUCGGAGGAAUAAUCACCCGAGUUCGGAAGUUUAGAAGAAACGCCUUUAACGGUUCUCGCGUGUCGAAUGUACGCAGAUGCAUUUUUAGCUAACGGCAAAACCUCAGAAGUCCCGAUGAACCCCCGUUUCAGAUGUGCUGCUUCUUGUGAUGUGUGUGUGUGUGUGUGUGUGUGUAGUACGAAACCAGUGUGUAUAUAUUGUAUGUGAGAGAUUAACAGGGAGAUACCGUGCUCUUUCAAAAACAUUAUUAUUCUCUUGAGAGAUAGAUAUAUUUAGAUUCUGUAAGUAAUCUACUCUAUUGUCAACUGAGUCAAAGACUGAUUAAAUAAUAAACUAACUAUUACCACUC